AUGCCACUGUUUCCAAUAGCACGACUUCCAAACAGCAGGAAAGUAGCAGGAAUGCCAAGCACCAUGAAUCGUUUACCGUACGAUAAAAUUUCCAGAAAACAAAUUGUUGGAGUUUCACAGAAUGUUAUCGAUAUUUUUCAACCAAUUUUCAAAAAAAUAUCUCCGCAUAAACCGCCAAAUUUUAUUAAUUCACUGUUGAAUCGUCCUACCGGUAUGGUUCGUUCCAUGCUUCCGCAUCGACUUCAUGCAUUACAACCGAACGACAUCUUUGAGACACCAUUUUUGGAAGCUGCUGGUUAUCGGAAGGAUUGA